AGCCGAUCCGAUCUGUCUAUCUGGGUUUCACCAUCACAUCUUCAUCACAUUUGGACAUAUAUCAUCACUGUUUUCCAUCGCUCCUGCCACUGUCAUCGCCUGUUUUUCGAUCCAGGAUAAUUAUCCAUCUCUUUAACGUCGUCUGAUCCACUAUUUGCGUCUCGGCAUCAGAAAUGGACGUCGACGGCUCAUCGACUUGUCCGUUUGACACGCAGGGCUACAGUUCGACAUUUAAGCGGAAAAGGACUGUGGAAGAUUUCAACAAGUUCUGCACUUUUGUGCUUGCAUAUGCUGGUUAUAUUCCAUAUCCACAGGAGGAGGCACACUUGAGGAACAGCUCUAGUCCUCCUAACAGCACCGGCAGCACUGCAGACAGCGACGGAUGGGACAACCAGCAGCUGGGCUGCAGUCUCUCCUCUCCGGACGAGCCCCCACCCAAAAACCACAAGAGCUUUGCUGGAUUCAAGAGACCCACGAGCGAGGAUUCAGAGCCUCAAAAGCGUCCCAAGUCAGCAGGUCUUCUUCUUGAGGGUCGAACGAAGGCUGACAAGGUAAAGAAGAAGAAGAAGAAGCUAAGGAAGUGUAAGGAUGAGGAUUUUAAAAAUUUUGCCCCAUUUACUCCUAAAGUUGAAGGGCAGAUCUCCAAUCUUGGAUGUUCCAUCAAAGAAGAACCAGAAGAUUACGUUAGCAUCCCUGUACCCAGCACUGGCUCUGACCAUGCUCCACACACAUGUUCAAAACCUGACUUGAGUUCACAGGGAUCUGCAAUGUGUAAAGAGGAGCCUGACGUUGACCAUUCAUGCUGGGAUGGCUCUAAAAGUUCAGAUCAAGAAUUUGAGGAUGUCGAGAAACCCUCAAAACUUGAGCGAGAAGCCAUGGUGUUCAAGGAAGAAAGGUUUUCUGCUAAAAGAACUGUGGUCCGUCAGGGAAAACAGGUGGUGUUUAGAGAUGAGGACGGGUCGGCGGAUGAUGAGGACAUCAUGGUUGAUUCAGAUGAUGACUCCUGGGACCUAGUGACAUGUUUCUGCAUGAAGCCAUUUGCCGGCCGGGCGAUGAUCGAAUGCAACCAGUGCAAUACCUGGAUCCACCUUUCAUGUGCCAAAAUCCGCAAAUCCAACGUUCCCGAGACGUACAUCUGCCAGAGGUGCAAAGACUCCAAGUUUGACAUUCGCCGCUCCAACCGCUCACGAGUGGGCUCUCGAAAACACCUUCUCGACUGAUGCCCCUCCUCUUCCUCUGCCCAUCCAAUAUGUACAGAAACUCCUAAAAUGUCUCCCUAAAUUUGAGACUUGACGAAAACGAAAGAGGAAGGGCUCGGUCACGUUCUUUCUGUUAGUCUUUUUAAUACUUCCCAAUCUUCCUAUAUGUUUGCGUCAGGCAAUCAAUACUCGGAUGAUGCAUUAAAAGAGAGCCGAUAUCUGCAGUAUGGACGGCUGGAGAUGGUACAUGCCAUACAAGGUAUUAUUGAGUGGUGCUGGAUGAGAGGAACUGGGUUCGGAUUGCACUUUUUUUAAGGAACAAAGGGGUAGCUAGUUAUUCCUCUUUGUGCCUAUACCUUUCAAAAGUAUGUCUAUUUGUCGAAGUAUGUAUAUUAUAUGAAAUAACCGUAAGAUAUUCGUGUUCAAGAUGUUUAGGUGCAUUAUUUUGGUCGUGGGAACCCCCCCCCCCCUUUGGGUAUAAGGCAAAGGGGUUUUGUUCGUUGGAUAAUGUUGGAUAAUCAGCAGUCACUGAUGCUUUAGAGAGAAACGGUUCUUGCUACGUUGUGGUAUUUCGUUUUUUACAUUUAAUUUUCUUUUUAAAGAACAUGUCAACACAUUGGUGAUGAGACUGUAUGUGUUAUUUGAUUUAUAAAGCCUUCUUUCUGCAUUUCCAGGCCUGAAUUGAACAAACCUUUUUGUUUGCAUGUUGCAGGCUGAUUUUUCUGUUUUGGUCCCAUUUAGCUAUCAUUUUAAUGUUAAGUAUGUGAAUUAUGUAACGGUUACAGGUUAGGGAAAGGACGGAAAAGUCCUUAUUGGUUGAAUCUCACAAUCUAGUAGCACAUCCAUGUGACAUUUCAUCCAGUUAUUUGUAAAUAUUUGCUUUUAUUCUCAGAUUUGAUCAAUAUUUAGCUUUUUGAAUUGAUUUUUGUUGUUAAAAAAACGCCAUAAUGCGAUUAUUAGCUUGGGAUGCUCUUGUCAGGUCUUGAGAGAUUCACUUUACUGCCAAAGGGAAGAACAUUUUCUAUUUUUAAUAAUAAUAAUCCCAUAGUUUAUAUGGCUGUAGUCAUAUUUUCAUUCAAAACGCUAUUCGUGAAUUUAAGAGGGGUUCAUUUUCUGCUGGAUUUGGCGUGAGAUGGAAUCAUUCAUAAGGGUGUAAUUCUUGCUAACCACUGUGUCCAGUCUAACCUGGUGAAUAAUCGAUGAUUCACUUUGUUUUUCAUGUUCAUAGGCAUGCUCAGAUUAUAAAAAUGUGUGAUUUUUGUCUUGUAAGCUGGUCGACACCCAUCAAAAAUUCCUGAGUAUGUUAUGUGCAUCUCAUUCUUUAAUCUUGUGUGUGUGUGUGUGUGUGUGUGUGUAGGAUGUCGUCUUCAGAAUGUGCUGAUUGAUGAGAUAAAACUGCAGAGAAGAUGAAUUAUUUGGCAACCUCCAGUGUGGAUAUUUGGAAAACCCUUUGGUAUGUUAACUAGUCUGCACGCUUGACUAUAAAACCCCCUUAAGCCAUAGAAAUCUGGUUCAAAUACUCAUUGGAGUAUCUCUAUGAUGUGUUUUCUGUUACUAUUAUGUAAAAUUAAGACAUACAAUGCUGAUUGUUCAUGAAAAUAUCAGCAUUUGUGAAACUGUUGGUGGACAUUGAUAUAAUUUGGAUGUUUCAAACUGGAUAUCUUUCAGACGUUUUAUUUCAGUCUUCCCCUCUAAGGACAUUUUUGGGAAGUUGAACUUAAACAUGCUAGUUUCUCAUUGUUUUUGUGGGGAAAAAGUGUAAAUGUAUUUGCUUAUGUCGCUUUUUUUUGAUGAAUGGAUGGAUGAUGGUUCAGUACAUUUUGUUUUGUACAAUCAUAACGUGUCUGUAGUAUGACAUUGAUAUUUCAGGGCUGUUUGUGUGCAAGAGAAGAACUGUUGAAGAAGUCUGAGCUCGCACGAUUACGAUGAGGGAUAAAAGACUGUGUCCAAUGGAAAGAAAGAGAGAUGUUUCUGUGAAACUUCAUGUAAACCAUUGUAAAUAAAUAAAGAGAUGAUGAUUUUAAAAUGA